CUGAUAGAAUAGAACAAUAGAAUGACUAGAGAGGCUCUUAUUCGGCCUUUCAUAGAUACUCCCAAAGCCGUGAAACAAACCUUUUCUCCAGUUCGCCCCUUCGGCAGUUUCUGCAGUUUCUAUAUAGGAACGCCAAAAAAAAUCUUUGAUAUCCUAGGCAGCUUUCUCUAGUCAAACCCGCCAUCAAUAAUUUCGCUGAAGCUUUCUCAUCUUUCUGCACUCUAUUUACAUUUUUUCUUUGAUUUAUUGCUACUAUUAUUGUUAUGAUCUCUUCGCUCAAGCACCAAACUUUACCAAUCCAUGGCUCGGAUUUUCUCCAGCUGGUGAGGAAGCCCCUCGGCCAGCGCUCACCGGCCUUGCCUCUUCUGGCGGCGGAGAAAACCCGCCGGAGCUCCGCCGUUUCUCUCUCGAGGCCGCUCCAUGUUUCGAGGGUGGUUUUGGGGUUUUCGAACAGCAGAGAGAAGGAGGAGCGAUCUCCGAUCACGCCCGGUGCUUACGAGGCUGACGGAUCGGAGCCUAUCGGCGAGCCGGAGGCGGUGGCGGCGGCUGAGUCGGCGAGGAGGUUGAAGAUCGGAAUUUAUUUCGCCACUUGGUGGGGCUUGAACGUGAUUUUCAACAUCUACAACAAGAAGGUGUUGAAUGCGUAUCCCUUUCCCUGGCUAACAUCGACGCUGUCGUUGGCAACUGGGUCGCUCAUAAUGUUGAUUUCGUGGGCGCUCAGAAUAGCGGAGACUCCAAAGACUGAUCUCGAUUUCUGGAAAUCCCUUUUCCCGGUUGCUAUUGCUCAUACAAUUGGACAUGUCGCAGCAACCGUGAGUAUGUCUAAAGUGGCAGUUUCAUUUACACACAUUAUCAAGAGUGGUGAGCCUGCUUUUAGUGUCUUGGUCUCAAGAUUCAUUCUGGGAGAGACUUUUCCGCCAUCAGUUUACUUGUCCCUUCUUCCGAUUAUCGGUGGCUGUGGUCUGGCUGCUCUCACCGAGCUUAACUUUAACGUGAUUGGUUUUAUGGGGGCCAUGAUCUCGAACUUGGCUUUUGUAUUUCGGAAUAUAUUUUCCAAGAGGGGUAUGAAGGGGAAAUCGGUCAGCGGAAUGAACUAUUACGCCUGCUUAUCCAUCAUGUCUCUCUUAAUUCUCACUCCAUUUGCAAUUGCUGUUGAGGGACCACAGCUGUGGGCAGCAGGUUUUGAAGAAGCCCUAUCUCAAAUUGGACCCCAGAUUGUUUGGUGGAUGGCAGCCCAGAGUGUAUUUUAUCACCUAUACAAUCAAGUGUCGUACAUGUCACUGGACGAGAUUUCUCCUUUGACAUUUAGCAUAGGAAAUACUAUGAAACGUAUUUCAGUCAUUGUCUCGUCUAUCAUUAUCUUCCGGACACCCGUACAACCUGUUAAUGCUCUUGGAGCCGCUAUUGCAAUUCUUGGAACUUUCUUGUAUUCUCAGGCCAAGCAAUGAAGACCAUGCAUGCAGGAAUAUCCGGUGAAGGCCAGCAAUAAACGAACGUAAAGUAUGAAGAUCUUCUGCUUUCCUAAAAGAUGAUGAGAUAAAUUUGCCCAUGGUCCAUGGCCAACAUCGAGUGGGGUAGCGGCUUGCUUGUAUAUAAUAAUAAGAGUUAUUGAAGACUUUCUUCUAUGUCCUAUCCUAUGCAUGUCAUAUACAGUCUAAUUAGGUUGAUGCAAUGACAUGAUUCUUGUUUUGUACCAAAGUGACAGUGGCGAGAUCGCACAUGUGUCGCCAAGAAUGAAGACCGAUCAUUUGCGGUGGUAGUGUAAACGACCUCGACUCGGUUGAACAUCCUUUGAACUGCUCAUGAGCCGGUGAAUAACCGCAAAACAAGUGUUGGAGUGGUCUCGAUGUAGGAGUUCCGAUGCUUAAGUCAAGGGAUGAAGUUGAUAAUGAACCGUAUGUAUAUAUUAUUGGGUUCUGUGACAAACGUCGGCUAAGUGCACAUUCAAAUUCUAUCGAAAUAAAUCCUAACGUAGUGGAAUUUAUAGUAGGAUUGAGGACUUAGGUUUUAAAAUUUUGUCAACUAUGUACAGACAUACACGACUUACGAGGUCAAACGAACGGUUUUGAGUCGCAUCCUCUACUUCACGUCCACUCUCAUGCAUUGCCCUCAUCAAGUUGUCGAUCGUAGCCCUUCGAUUGUCGAGCGUCGUUGUCACAGGGAGUUGUCGGAGGAAGCUUGGUCGUUGGGCCACGUGCGUUGCCUGCUGCGUCGUCGGGUAUCAUGCGUGUUGCCUGCUGCGUCGUCGGGUAUCAUGCGUGCUGCCUCCGCGAUCGCGGGGUGUAGCGCGCUGCCUGCGCGGUCGCAUGUGGGUGUAGCCUACUGGUGGCUGGUGCUGCCUCACCGCGUUGGUAUGCGCCCACUGCCGCCGGUGGUCUUGCCGCGUACGGUGGUCGGGCACGCCAGUUUGGUGGUCAUCAGAUGUGUCGUGGGGAUAUUUAUAUGCACCAGAACACCAGCGUAAAACUUUGGGAUCUUCUGUUGUAUGACCGAUCACCUGUUCCGAUUCGUCGUGGUGGACAAGAUAUUAGAUCUCCUAAAGUUUUCAUCCCUCUCUUGCUCACGGUUUUUUAUCAAUCUUAUUUGCUUGAGAUAUCUAAUUUAUAACGUGUGGAACUCACAUGAAGGCUAAGAGACUUCGUUAAUUUAUAAGCUACAGAUAGGGAUUUAAGGAGAUGCUAAAUUUGACCUCCUCAAUUGUAAAUCCAACUGUG